AUGUUUUAUUUCCACUGUCCGCCACAGCUUGAGGGCACUGCACCUUUUGGCAACCACCCUACCGGAGAUUUUGAUGAUGGGUUCCUGCGCAGAAAACAGCGCCGGAACAGGACAACAUUCACACUUCAGCAGCUGGAAGCUCUGGAGGCAGUUUUUGCCCAGACGCACUACCCUGAUGUAUUCACCAGAGAAGAGCUGGCUAUGAAAAUAAACCUCACAGAAGCCAGAGUGCAGGUUUGGUUCCAGAACCGAAGAGCCAAAUGGAGGAAAACAGAGAGAGGGGCCUCUGACCAGGAGCCAGGAGCCAAGGAGUCCAUGGCAGAGGUGACGUCACCACCUGUGAGAAAUGUCAAUUCUCCACCCCCUGGGGACCAGGCUCGGAACAAGAAGGAGGCUCUGGAGGCUCAGCAGAGCUUGGGGCGAACAGUGGCUCCCACUGGACCUUUCUUUCCCUCCUGCUUGCCAGGGACCCUCCUGAAUACGGCCACAUAUGCCCAGGCCCUGUCACAUGUUGCCUCCCUGAAAGGGGGCCCACUGUGCUCUUGCUGUGUCCCAGAUCCCAUGGGGCUGUCUUUCCUUCCUCCCUACGGCUGUCAGAGUAACCGCACAGCCAGCGUGGCCGCCCUACGCAUGAAGGCUCGGGAGCACUCAGAGGCUGUUCUGCAAUCAGCCAACCUCCUGCCGUCGGCCAGCAGCAGCCCCAGCCCCAUGGCCAAGCCGGUGCCCCCUGAUGGCAGCCAGGACAAGACCCCUUCUGGCAAGGAACAGAGUGAGGGUGAGAAGAGUGUAUGA